AUGACCCACACCCAGCUGAAGGAACGGUCGUUAUUGGAGAAAUUCAACUUCAAGCUUGGCGAUGCUCUGGAUGAAUAUAUCCGCCGGCGUAACCUCCAGAUGGUGAGAUUCAUGUCGGCCGCUGCCGUCACCAUCUUCGCCCUGAGGUUUGCCUAUAAGCUGACCAUCACCCGUCAGUACGUGCCGACGUUGUUUCAAGGUAACCACGCGCCGCCGCUUUCGUAUAACUUCACCACCGAUGCCGCUGUCGCCGUGGGCACGGGGACGUUAUUGUGCGGGCUGGUGUCGGCGAUGAUGAUUUUCGGCACUUGCUGGAUUUUGGACGUGCUGACGUUUAAGGAGUUUGGCUGGCGGAUGAAGCUGAUGAUGGGGGGCUACGAAAAGGAAAAAGAGCUUGCUAAGCAGCCGAUGGACGAGGAGAGCGCCUACAUUCAGGACUCGCUCAAUGACCUUUUAGAAGGUAAAUACGACGACGUCGACUUUGACGCCCCCGAGCCGCCGGCCUCACUCAAAUGA